AUGUCAGUAUUUCACGACGAAGUCGAAAUCGAAGAUUUUGAAUAUGAUGAGGAGAAAGAUGUAUACCAUUACCCAUGUCCAUGUGGAGAUCGAUUUGAAAUCGCUAGAGAAAUGCUCGAAAUGGGCGAAGACGUCGCAACCUGUCCAAGCUGUUCACUUAUUGUCCGCGUUAUUUACGACCCCGAAGAUUUUGUGAAACUUGAAACAUUGUCGAUAUCCGGAACGACGCCAAUUGCAGAAUCUGCUUAA